CUUCCCUUCAUUCCUCGGUCGUUUACGGGAAGAGCACCUGCGUCUUCUCCUGUUCCUCGUCUCCAUCUGCUUUAUCUCCGGAGUUCGUGGCUGAUGGAGGGGGAAGUCCUUGGAGGUCCUUCUGAGAUCCUGCGGCCGGCCCUGGAGGAGAUUCCCUGCGGAGAUGACUCGAAGGAAGAAGCCGAACUUUCGAAGAGAGAAAUGGAGGAAAACGGGGACGAAUUCCCGCGCGAUGACGUCACGGAAUCCGAUCCUGGAGAUGGACUGCACGAACGCCGGCCAUCCCUCUAUGACGUCACGAAACCCGGGCUGACGGAGGACAUACCAGAACGCCCUGUGUCUCUCGCGAGUAUGAUGGUGCCAAUACUCACGGGCAUCGUCGCCAUAACCCUCCUGGUGGCCUUCUCUCAGCAGUUGACUUACAUCUUCGUCGCCUUCGUCAGCGCCAUCUUCGUACUUAUCUAUUCUCUCCUGGCCACGGCGUUUUUCCUCAUCCUCUAUGCGGUCUGGAUUUUCUUCAUCUUGUUGCGGUUCAUGGUUUCUUUCUCCCUUUUCUUGGUCAUCAUGGCGCCGGCGAUUAUCAUUUUGGCCCCAAUGUUUUUGAGAGACUCGUCCGCCAAAUCUGAAAAUUAGUUUUCUGACCUCGAUGGGUUAUUUUUACUCAUUUUAUCAUACUCACAUUCAUUAAAAAAAAAAAAAAAAAAAAAAAGGGAAAACAAAUUGCUGAUUCUGCGUGGGGAGGAAAUGGCCAGAGAGAAAAAACAAAUAUGUAAAUAGCUUCUGUACUGUGCCUCAGUGACGUAUUUUUUCCUAACUUUCAUAGUUGCUUAAAGUUUACACAAGUAUCUCUUCCACGCCACAUCAACAUUACUUUUAAAUCUGUAUAAUUACUGUAAAUAGAUUUAGAUUACAUUCCGCUUAAAACAAUAUCUUAUCUACAGCAAUAUCUUAUUUUGGGACAUUUAACUAACUACAUUUCCCUGCGUAUUACUAGAAAAGACUGUACCUCUAUAUAAUACUGUCCAGAUAGUAUCCCACAGACAAUAAAAUUCAUUAAAAAUCGACUGUAUUUCAUUAAUAUAGAUGAAGAAAGUGCUCGAAAAAGAAAGAGAGAGAUAAAACAAACAAACAAAAAAAAAAGAAAUAUGAAACGGGAUAAAACAAAAGAUAAAUAAAAAAAAAGAAAUAAGAAAGCGAAACGGCGAAAGAUAAAUAAAAAAGAAAGAAAUAUAAAUAGGCAGAAGACGAAAAAAAAAUUAAAAAUAUCUAAAAAGGAGAAGACGAAAUAUAAAGAAAAAAAGGAAAAAGAAAUGGCGUUUAUAAAUCUUUGUAAAAUAUCACAGAAAUCACGGACUGGAGGAACAAAGAGGAACAGAGACUCAAAGUUUAAAUAAUAUUACAGGAAAAAUGUAUGACAUCCGACACGAGGAUAAGUCGGGAGGGUGGCCCAAAAUCCUCGCUAAAGAGAGGGAGAGGAAGAGGAACAACUUAGAUGGCAUGACCGGCGUCACCUUCUGCGGCUGCGGCUUCCUCGGUGUCUACCUCGUCGGCGCCGCCACCUACAUCCAGGAGCAUCACCCGAAGCUCCUCGCUCGCAAGCUCGGCGGGUCGUCGGUGGGCUCGAUCGUCGCUGCCAGUAUUGCGUGCGGGGUGAAUCUGCAGUUCGUCCGUCGUAUCCUGCUGGAGGAGGCGAAGGUGGUGAGGAAGACCUUCAUGGGCGCCUUUAACCCCUUCUACAAGCUGGAGGAACCGUUGAUGAAGUCUUUGCUCGAGAUCCUGCCGGAGGACGCUCACCGAAGGGCGUCGGGGAGGGUUUUUCUGUCCCUAACGAAAGCGUCGUCCUUGACCAAUGAGGUAGUGAGCCAAUAUUCUACAAGGGAUGAGCUGAUUCGGGCCAUCCUCUGCUGUUGUUUCCUGCCUUGCCUUUCUGGCUACACUGCUCCUAUCUACAAUGGUCGCAGGUACAUCGACGGAGGAAUGAGCAACAACAUGCCCCUCAAAGGCCCGUCGAUCGUGAGCAUCAACGCUUUCUCGGGAGAGUUCGACAUAUGCCCCCGAGACGAAACCGGCGAUCUCCGACCCUUGAACCGAGCCUUGAACCAGUGUCUCGCGAUGAGUAACGAGAACCUCUAUCGACUCAAGUGCGGCCUCCUCCCCCCAGAACCUGAGGAACUGGACCGGCACUAUCACUACGGCUACUACCAUGCCAAGACCUUCUUUUGUCCUGGUGGUUCAAAGGUUCCGAAGCCCAUGGAGCGUCGGAUCGAGGAGAGUAGUGAGGUCAAGGAAGGGGAUAAUCAGAGGAAGAGAUAGAGGGUUUGAUUACUUACAGAUGGAAGUGGAUGAUAAGAUCUUCGUAAUUCGAAGGAAGGGGGGAAGACAGUUUUCAUAAUCCGAGAGAGAGCGUGAAAAAAUAAUAAAAUAAAGGUGGAAGACUAUACAUAAUCUGAGACAGCAAAUGAAAAAAAAAAAAAAAAAAAAACUGACAGAAAUUAAAAAAUAUAUAUAUAUAUAAUCUGAGAGAAAAUAAAGAAAAUAACAUAAUGUAAGAGAGAUCUGGAUCACAUAAUACAUAAUAAGAGAGAGAGAAUUUUAAAAAAUAACAAUCGAAGAGAAAGGUGGAAAACGUUAUUCCUAAUCCGAGAAAGAAAAUUUUAAAAUGAUAAUUGAAGACUGAGAUGUAAAACAUGAUUCAUAAUGAUGGAGAGAUGUGCAUAAUCUCAGAGGGAGAGUGAAAAUAAAUAAGAGGGAGAUGGAGAACAUGCCUAUCAUAAUCUUGAGAUGGAGAUAGAAGUUUGUUCUUCACAAAUGGAGAAAGAAAAACUGUUCUUGUUAUUCACUUUUUGAGGAAGAUAUUUAUGUGAAUUAUUAGUUUUUACGUUCAGUUCCGUUAAAAGGAAUAUGGCAUUUUUUCGAUGCAAUCUGACGGUAUAUAUAUAUAUAUAUAUAUAUAUAUAUAUAUAUAUGUAUUAUCAUUAGGAAAUAAUCUUUAUUGUAAAGAGCUUUAGCGCUGUACAAAUGGCGAAACUAUAUAUUUAUUUGGUUUUCUGUUAUCUUGUAAACUACUAUAAAAAUCAUAUUUUGUUUGUCGACAUUUCGUAUUAUCAAAAUAUCCUGGAUUAUUGUUCAGUUUCAUUGCGAAUAAAGAUGUGUUUAAAAAAAAAA